GAUCUUCGAUUUAACAGAAUUCGAGAGAUACAAUCUGGGGCAUUCAAGCGGCUGAGGAACUUGAACACAUUGCUUCUCAAUAAUAAUCAGAUCAAGAGAAUACCUAAUGGAGCAUUUGAAGACUUGGAAAAUUUAAAAUAUCUCUAUUUGUACAAGAAUGAGAUCCAGUCAAUUGACAGGCAAGCAUUUAAGGGACUUGCCUCUCUAGAGCAACUAUACCUGCACUUCAAUCAGAUAGAAACUUUGGACCCAGAAUCAUUUCAACACUUACCAAAGCUCGAAAGGCUAUUUUUACAUAACAACCGGAUUUCACAUUUAGUUCCAGGGACAUUUAAUCACUUGGAAUCCAUGAAAAGAUUGCGAUUGGACUCAAAUGCACUUCACUGUGACUGCGAAAUUCUGUGGCUGGCGGAUUUGCUGAAAACCUACGCCCAGUCAGGGAAUGCACAGGCAGCUGCCACUUGUGAAUAUCCCAGACGCAUUCAGGGACGGUCCGUGGCGACAAUCACUCCGGAAGAGCUGAACUGUGAAAGGCCCCGGAUCACAUCAGAGCCCCAGGACGCAGACGUUACCUCAGGGAACACUGUGUACUUCACCUGCAGAGCCGAAGGCAACCCCAAACCCGAGAUCAUCUGGCUGCGAAACAAUAAUGAGCUGAGCAUGAAGACAGAUUCCCGCUUGAACUUGCUGGACGAUGGAACCCUAAUGAUUCAGAACACACAGGAGACUGACCAGGGCAUUUAUCAGUGCAUGGCAAAAAAUGUGGCUGGAGAGGUGAAGACGCAGGAGGUGACCCUGAGGUACUUUGGGUCUCCAGCUCGACCCACUUUUGUAAUCCAGCCACAGAACACGGAGGUGCUGGUUGGUGAGAGCGUCACCUUGGAGUGCAGUGCCACAGGCCACCCCCUGCCGCAGAUCUCCUGGACCAGGGGUGACCGCACCCCCUUGCCCUCUGACCCGCGGGUGAAUAUCACACCAUCCGGUGGCCUUUACAUCCAGAACGUGGUCCAAGAGGAUGGCGGGGAAUAUACCUGCUUUGCGUCCAACAGCAUUGACAGCGUCCAUGCCACUGCCUUCAUCAUCGUUCAGGCUCUUCCUCAGUUCACUGUGACACCGCAGGACAGAGUUGUCAUCGAGGGUCAGACAGUAGAUUUCCAGUGUGAGGCAAAGGGCAACCCACAGCCGGUCAUCGCCUGGACCAAGGGAGGGAGCCAGCUCUCAGUGGACCGACGGCACCUUGUCCUGUCAUCAGGAACACUCAGGAUCUCCGGAGUUGCCCUCCAUGAUCAGGGCCAGUAUGAAUGUCAGGCUGUCAACAUCAUUGGCUCCCAGAAGGUUGUGGCCCACCUGACUGUGCAGCCCAGAGUCACCCCGGUAUUUGCCAGCAUUCCCAGCGACAUGACUGUGGAGGUGGGCACCAAUGUGCAGCUCCCCUGCAGCUCCCAGGGGGAGCCCGAGCCAGCCAUCACCUGGAACAAGGACGGAGUUCAGGUAACAGAAAGUGGAAAGUUUCACAUCAGCCCCGAGGGAUUCUUAACGAUCAAUGAUGUUGGCCCCGCUGAUGCAGGUCGCUACGAAUGUGUGGCCCGGAACACCAUUGGGUCUGCUUCUGUGAGCAUGGUGCUCAGCGUGAAUGUUCCCGACGUCAGUCGGAAUGGAGAUCCGUUUGUGGCCACCUCCAUUGUGGAAGCCAUUGCAACUGUGGACAGAGCUAUCAACUCUACCCGAACGCAUUUGUUCGACAGCCGUCCUCGUUCCCCAAAUGACCUGCUGGCCUUGUUCCGGUAUCCGAGGGAUCCUUACACGGUCGAACAGGCACGAGCGGGAGAAAUAUUUGAACGGACAUUGCAGCUCAUUCAGGAGCACGUGCAGCAUGGCCUGAUGGUCGACCUGAACGGAACAAGCUACCACUACAAUGACCUGGUGUCUCCGCAGUACCUGAACCUCAUCGCAAAUCUUUCGGGCUGCACUGCCCAUCGGCGCGUGAACAACUGCUCAGACAUGUGCUUCCACCAGAAGUUCCGGACACACGACGGCACGUGCAACAACCUCCAGCACCCCAUGUGGGGCGCCUCGCUGACCGCGUUCGAGCGGCUGCUGAAGUCCGUGUAUGAAAACGGGUUCAACACCCCCCGCGGCAUCAACCCCCACCGACUGUACAACGGGCAUGCCCUGCCCAUGCCCCGCCUGGUGUCCACAGCCCUGAUCGGGACGGAGGCCAUCACGCCCGACGGGCAGUUCACCCACAUGCUGAUGCAGUGGGGCCAGUUUCUGGACCACGACCUGGACUCCACAGUGGUGGCCCUGAGCCAGGCACGCUUCUCCGACGGGCAGCACUGCAGCUCUGUGUGCAGCAGCGACCCCCCCUGCUUCUCCGUCAUGAUCCCCCCCAACGACCCCCGGGUCCGGAGCGGGGCGCGCUGCAUGUUCUUCGUUCGGUCCAGCCCCGUGUGCGGCAGCGGCAUGACGUCGCUGCUCAUGAACUCCGUGUACCCACGGGAGCAGAUCAACCAGCUCACGUCCUACAUCGACGCGUCCAAUGUGUAUGGGAGCACGGACCACGAGGCCCGGGGCAUCCGCGACCUGGCCAGCCACCGGGGCCUCCUGAGGCAGGGCAUCGUGCAGCGAUCCGGGAAGCCGCUGCUGCCCUUUGCCACGGGACCACCCACCGAGUGCAUGCGGGAUGAGAAUGAGAGCCCCAUCCCCUGCUUCCUGGCUGGGGACCACCGUGCCAACGAGCAGCUGGGCCUGACCAGCAUGCACACGCUGUGGUUCCGUGAGCACAACCGCAUCGCUGCAGAGCUGCUCAAGCUGAACCCGCACUGGGACGGUGACACCAUCUACUAUGAGACGCGGAAGAUUGUGGGCGCGGAGAUUCAGCACAUCACCUACCAGCACUGGCUCCCAAAGGUCCUGGGGGAGGUGGGCAUGAAGAUGUUGGGGGAGUACAGGGGCUACGACCCCGGCGUCAACGCUGGCAUCUUCAACGCCUUUGCCACAGCUGCCUUCCGCUUUGGCCACACGCUCGUCCACCCGCUGCUCUACCGGCUGGAUGAGAACUUCGAGCCCAUUGCGCAAGGCCACAUCCCCCUCCACAAGGCCUUCUUCUCGCCCUUCCGGAUUGUGAAUGAGGGGGGCAUCGACCCGCUUCUCAGGGGUCUGUUCGGGGUGGCAGGGAAGAUGCGCGUGCCCUCACAACUGCUGAACACAGAGCUCACAGAGCGACUGUUCUCCAUGGCACACACGGUGGCCCUGGACCUGGCCGCCAUCAACAUCCAGCGCGGCCGGGACCACGGCAUCCCGCCCUAUCAUGACUACAGGGUCUACUGCAACCUGUCGGCAGCCCACACGUUCGAGGACCUGAAAAACGAGAUAAAAAACCCCGAAAUCCGGGAGAAGCUGAAAAGGUUGUAUGGCUCCACACUCAACAUCGACCUGUUUCCAGCCCUCAUGGUGGAAGACUUGGUUCCCGGCAGCCGGCUGGGGCCCACCCUCAUGUGCCUACUCAGCACACAGUUCAAGCGCCUGCGAGACGGAGACAGGUUGUGGUAUGAGAACCCAGGGGUGUUCUCCCCCGCCCAGCUGACGCAGAUUAAGCAGACAUCCUUGGCCAGGAUCCUGUGUGACAACUCCGACAACAUCACCCGUGUGCAGGGCGACGUGUUCAAGGUGGCGGAGUUCCCUCACGGCUACGGCAGUUGUGAGGAGAUCCCCAGGGUCGACCUCAGGGUGUGGCAGGACUGCUGUGAAGACUGUAGGACCAGGGGACAAUUCAAUGCCUUUUCAUAUCACUUCCGAGGCAGACGGUCUCUUGAAUUCAGCUACGAGGAAGAUAAACCCAUAAAGAAAACAAGACCACGAAAAAUACUGAGUGUUGGGAAACAUGGAAAGCAUUUCAGCAACGUCACAUCGGCCUUCAGCAUGCACUCAAAUGGACCAGGGACCAAUGACUUCAAGGAGUUUGUUGUGGAAAUGCAGAAGACCAUCACAGACCUCAGAAAACAGAUAAAGAAACUUGAAUCACGGCUCAGUACUACAGAGUGUGUGGAUGCCAGCGGCGAAUCUCAUGUCAACAAUGCAAAAUGGAAAAAAGAUGCAUGCACCAUUUGUGAAUGCAAAGAUGGGCAGGUCACCUGCUUUGUGGAAGCAUGCCAGCCUGCUGCUUGCUCUGCACCUGUGAAAAUCAAAGGGGCCUGCUGUCCUGUCUGCCUAAAGAAGCCCACGGGGGAGAAGCCUUAGGCUCUCGUGAGGCUCCGUGGAGUGUGUCUGCUCCGCCACCGUGAGACCAGGUGGCCGAUGCGGGUAGCUGCAGACCAGGAAACACCCAGAACUCAAGACAUUUCACGACAACGUCCAGCUGUUGCUGUUACAGAACGGAGCACAGGAGGCUUCUGACCGAGUUCACUGAGAAGGAAACAGCAGAUGCGUGGAAAGAAAACAGACACGAGGCCUGGCUUCAUGUUAGAUUUCUCAGGUUUUUAUUUAAUUCUUUUAAAAUGAAAAAUUGGUGCUAAUAUUAAAUUGCACGGUUGAAUCAUUUAGGCUCCUAAAUUGAUUUUGCCUAAUGCCACCCUUUCUUUCUAAAUAAAGCAGGAUACCUCUAAAUGUCGUCCUGCCUGGCUCUCGUGCUAGGAGCUUGCAGACCUGUUGCCCACAGGUGGCCAGAGGGGGCUUGCCGAAGUCGGGGUGACCCACAGGCUACAUGUAAAAAGAAAAUGGGUGUUUGGCAGACAUUGCAGAAUCUUUCAUGCAAGUGUUCACGGGGACACAGUUUGGUGGUGCAGUGCAGGCCUCAGCCCUCCCAGGGAAUCUUUGGCUCCUCCUCUGGGCUCUCUGUGACAUUUCACAGCUUGUCAGCAUCUGACCACAAAGCGAGCAUCCCCUGCUUGAAGCAGCUGCACAUCCUGCGACUGUCUCAGCUCCUUCCUUCUACGUGCUGACGAUGACAUUAACAGGCCACACUUAGAAGCAGGUUUGCUUUCACUUGUAACUUGCAAACAUACCGCCUGGUUGUGAACUGAAUGUGAACGUCCCUUCAUCCCAUCUUGUAUCUGCCAAUACCUACUGACGACCGACGUGUGCGUUGACAA